UCACUAACUGAUUACAGUAACCGACGCCCUGCUGCCGACAUACCCGACGAUGCAAUCAUUGUUCGUGGUACUGGCGAUCCAUUUUUCACUCCACCCUCCCGUCCUCGUAAAAAGAAAUUAGGAUUAGGCCCCGAUCCCUCCGCAUGGAUAGACAAAAUUAGACGCGGCGAAAUCUUGCCAGGCACCAGUAUUCAAACGAAGAUGAUGAGGUUGGAGACGGUACUCAAAAACAACGAAUUUUCUUUGGAAGAAAUUUUUGAGCAGGCACGAACGAUCGCCUUCGAAAAGUUCGAUUGCCCCAUGUGUAGAUCGCAGUUCUUCUCAAGAGCGGAAUGCUACGAUCAUUUAGAAAUUGAACAUCCGAUGGCGCGAAUAGAAAGGCCGUUGUUUUGUGAGAUCUGCUUAAAAGUAUUUGCUGAUCGUAAAUCUCUGGAACAGCACGAAAGUUACCAUAAACGAGUCCAUCUUAUGAUAGAUAACAACGAAAUCGAGGUGAGAACAAUCUUUCCAUAUCAGAAGUACUGCUACUGA